UAUCCUAGACGCAUUUAAAUACCAUCUGGGUGAGGAACUAAUACAAUGUUACAUCAUUCUGAGGCAAGGGAUAGCUGGUCUUAACAGUAUCUUAAUAAUGUAUGUAUGUGAGUCUUCUUAUUUUACAGCAUGUGGAACAGGUUCUUGAACAGGUUGAUAGAUUCAUCCCAGCACUGAGCACAGAAGGCUACAACAACAACAGUGACCGUCCCACACACUGUAAGCACGAGCACAAUGUCAGAAUUGUGUAAUGACGCCCUCCUCAGGAUGACAGCAGAUUUGCAGGUUUUUCAUUUCCGGUUUAGGAAAAAUGCACAGAAUUCAAACUGACAACAAGUUGACCGUGCUUUUGGAGUUUGUUGAAAAACAAUAGAUCUUUGUGAAAUCUCAAGAUGAACAACGAAUCGUCAGAGAGCGAAGACGUUACGGUGGAGAGGCUGAAAAGGAAAUAUCUGGAAAGGAAACGGGUCUCUACAGAGCAGAAAGCAGCUACGCUGAGUGGAAGACACUACCAUGGUGAGCAGCAGAGAGUGGUGAAGUCCCCCAGGUCUAGACGCACCACCACCAGAGAGAUGAGAGGUUACAACAGAGCUCUACAGGAGCUGUUCCAGGCUGUCACCAACCCUCCAGACAGGUUGGACAGUGACUGCAGUCGGGGUGACAGUGAGGAGGACCUGAGUGAGAACUAUACUUCCUGCCCUCUCCUGGACACACAGAUCCACUACACAGAGACAGAUGUGACCCUGCCCUCCAGCCUGGCCCGUACCUCGGGCUCUCGCGAGACUGAGUCCACAGUAGGCCUGGCCAGAGGAGAAGAGGUGAGGGGGGAGAAAGAGGGGAGAGGGGUGAGGCAGCAGCAGUCCUCCCUUGUCCUCUCCCCCUCCGGCCCCUCAGUGAUGGGACAGGUCUACCAGGAGAUGCUACACAUCUACCAACAACUACAGGCAGAACGUUUGAGCCAGCAGCAGUGGUCAGCCCAGCUCCAGGACAGAGAGAACAGACUGCUACAGCAAGAGGAGAGCCGCAGCGAGGAGGUGAGGCAGCUACAGGAGCAGCUGAGAGAGAGAACCAGGGAGAACAAGAGGUUAAAGUCCAGCUUCAACUCCAUCAAGGAACUCAACGACACCAUGAAGAAACAGCUGAAUGAGCUGAGUGAGCAGAACAAGUGUCUGGAGAAUCAGUUCAGGAAGGUCCAAGCUCGGCUAGAGAACCUUCAGAGGAAGUAUGAAUACUCCAUGGCACAGAAAGGGAGAGAGAACGUUUGUCAGAAGACCAUUGAGUCCAAACCUUCUAAACCCGAGAAGAAAGCCACCUCUAAGCCAGCCAAGGGCGGUGUAAGUCCCGCCCCUUUCAGGCUGCUGGCGUUGCUAUUGGAUUGGGUUCUAGACGGACAGGCAUUUCCUCCAGUAGCAGGAGACAGCAGAAUAGCCCAGGGUCAGCAGCACACGUCACCAGUGGUCUCUCUCCAGGACAGGUGCUCUAAGGUUUUGCCUUUGUUGGUAGAGCAGCUGCAGCAGUCCUCUGCAUCACCAGACCCAUCUGGCACCCUGUCCCUAAUCAAAUUUAUAUACUGGAGCCUGAGAGAGAUAGACAACAGCACACAGCCGGUUGCUCUGUCAUCCACUCUGCGGCGUCUGGGGGAGGAGGUGUCCAGGGUUCCGACCCAGCAGCAGGACCCCAGCGGCCCUCUGAAGACCAGGGGCCCCCCUCCACCUUCCUCUCUGUACAGGAGCCUCUGUCCCCACACACGUCUCCUCUCCUCCCUCAUCAUCCUCAGGACCAUCACCCAGGCUGACAUCCUAGCCCAGGUGUUGGACUCCCUCCACAGUGACCUGGUGUGUGUGGAUGUCCGGGGGCUGUUUCUUCAGUACGGGGGAGUGUCUGUCCUCCUAGCCCUGCUCCGAGGAAGGAAGGGGGGGCUGCAGACCCCCAUAGACAUCCUACUGCAGCUCAGCGCAGAGUCACGGUAUCUUUCUGAGUUCCUGUCUGCGUGCAGCACUGAAGAGUUCUUCUGUACAGCAGCUCUCCUUGUGAAGAACCCCAGACUAGAACUUCCUCUUCUGGAGAAACUCUCCAUCAUCCUCCAGAAACUCUCCAAGAUCAGGAAGAACAGACGGCUGUUUGAGCUCUGCUCUCUUCAUCUGCUGCUGCAGGAGAUGCACAGGACUACUGACCCUACACACACCUUCUUAUUACUGAACCUUAGCUCUAUACUACUCAACCUGAAAUAACACACACACACUCACACACAUAACCUUAUUGUGGUGGUGCCUUUUUAUUUUUGUCAAAUGUUGUAAUAUGUUUUUAUAUGAUCUUAACCUAUAUAUUGUAUGCAACUGUACAUUGUUUUCAACUUGUCUACCAUCUGCUAUGAAAUGAGCAUCAUGUUGGGAGUGGCUAUAAUGUUUGUCUCAUGCAUUCUGAGGCGAAGAUGAUUUCACUAGGAAGUUUUAACAGCAAUAAACAAAGAAAUGACGGGAAACAGUGUUUGAUUCCUCUGUCAUAUAGUUAUGAGAUACAUUAGUUUUAUUUGUGUCACAUAUGUUUUCUAUAAGCCUGUUUGUUUGUUAUGGGCUAAAGCUGGAAAUCGGACCCUGAGUUUUCUAACGAGUCCAGAAUGGUUCUGUUUGGUGACGGUGAGGAGAAUAUCACACUGACAGACAUGUCAUAUCUGAUCUGUCCUCCUCUGUAAAGAGCC